AUAUCAUCAUUGCUGGUAGCCUGCGCAAGCUGCAUACUGUAUCUCAACUUCCUUUCUCUCUACUGAAGCCUACAUCCACCAGGCCCGCUCGAACCACAAUGGCGCCUCCAGCACCGACGCGACAAUUACUACGACAUCUGCGCCGACUGGCAGCCGCUCCGGAAACGCGUAGGACAUUGUCCAGCACACAGACGCAACGAUGGAAGCCGUGUCCGCAAUUGCAGUCAGUCCACCGUCCUGCUCAGACCUCCAAGUCCAUACCUUCACGCGCUAUAAUCAAACGGCCGUUAAGCACGAGCUGUGCCCAUCGAAAUGUCGGCGAUUCCAACCCACCAGACUCCCCACCUACCGCCACCAGCCUCCCCGACAUCACCAACUACUACACGCUCUUCCCACAGACACUGCCGUUAGGACCGCCUCCUAAAGGUCCAUUUUCAAUUCCGCUGGCGUCACUGAAACGCGAGUUUCUUGCGCUGCAGGCCCAACACCACCCAGACAAAUACACGGGGAGCGCGACGGCGCACACCAAGUCGGUGGCCUUGUCUUCGCUGCUCAACACAGCGUACAAGACGUUAUCGUCGCCGUUGCUACGGGCCCGAUACCUGCUGCAGCACAACUAUGACAUCGACAUCACGUCCGAAGACAAUGCCACCCACCGAGGUGUCACCGACCAAGAGACUCUGAUAGAGGUUAUGGACGUGCAGGAGCGCGUCGAGGAAGCAUUCGAUCAAGAGGUAAUUGAUACCCUCAAGACCGAGAACCGAGCCCGUAUCGCUGAGACCGAGGAUCUGCUGGCCCGUGCCUUUGAAAACGCCGACGUCGAUGCCGCUAAGAAGGAGUGUAUCCGUCUCAAUUACUGGACCAGUCUGCAGCAGGGCCUAGAUGAUUGGGAGCCAGGUAAAGACGUGAGGCUGAUUCACUAAGAGCCUAAGAUCAUCAACUUCGCUGUGUUUUAUGAAAUGAAGGUCGCUCCCAGACCGUUGUUCCUUUUUCAUGAUCAAACGCCGACUGAGUUGGUUUUCAGUCAGGCAAGAGAUAGAGAGAAGUGAAUGACAUUGCUGGCACUUCUUGCCACACUACCAUGUUGCUGUUGCACUUGAGUGCAUGCCAUCUUGGAUUACAAUCGUUUUGUCUCCAAUCUAUCCUUAUUUUGCCCCUCUUGAUACCAUACACAAUUGAAAUAUG